CCCUACAAUUUGAUCAAGGCCUGGGCAAAGCAGAUAUCCGCCAUCUUGAAUAAAAAUUCAUGAUGGCAAAUGUCUUUCCAAAUAUAAAGUGAAAAGAAAUAUAUUAACCGUGUCUUAUGUAAAAACAUUUCAUAAAAAUAUUACCUAUUUAUUGAUCCCGAACGCAUUGAUUAGAAACAUUUUAGUGGCAUUUUGUGAUUUAAAAAGAAUACCAAUAAAACAAAUCAGCUGUUAUCCGUCAAUCGAUGUCAACAAAAUUACAUAAUUUUGUUUAGAAAAACAGUGCAGCUUCAGUUUUUUUUGUCAUUUUUGAAAUUAUCAAACAUGCAAAAUCGAUAGAAUGUUUUUGUAGACAAAUUGUUAAAGUGGAUGUGUGCGCAACACCUCACGUUAUUUUACGACUGUGUUUUUUGUAUAAUGUAGUCCUGUAACAAUUUUAGUUAUGGAUCAAAACAAUAUUAUAGAGUGCGGUGGAUUUUAUUUUAUCCACAAUUUUGAUUCAGGAAACCUCGGACAUGUCGAGCGGGUUCCCACGGAGCUAAUAGCUCCAAGUGUAAACCCCAAGACAAACAGCACAGAGACUCCGGACUAUGAAUUUAACUUGUGGACGAGGCCUGACUGUGCUGGCACUGAAUUUGAAAAUGGAAAUCGAACUUGGUUCUACUUUGGUGUGCAGGCCAGUGAGCCGGGAGUACUGGUGCGGUUGAACCUAAUAAACCUGAACAAGCAGGGGAAAAUGUACAACCAGGGAAUGGCGCCGGUGACACGAACACUGCCCGGCAAGCCUCAGUGGGAGCGUAUCCGGGAUCGCCCCGUGCAUUCUACUGACGACAACACGUUCACACUAAGCUUCAAGUACAGGACUUCUGACAAUCUAAAGGCGACGACUUUUUUCGCGUUCACAUAUCCAUUUUCAUUCGCCGAGCUGCAGAUAGCUCUGAACUCCAUUGACUUGAAGAUGCUUCCGUUGCCACCACCGCAGUCACCUGACGAUGUAUACUAUUGCAGAGAGUGCUUGAUAUAUUCAUUAGAAGGUAGGCGUGUCGAUCUCUUAACAAUAUCUUCAUACCAUGGCAUAAGUUCUGAAAGGGAGGAGAGACUGAAAAAUCUUUUUCCAGACAAUCAAGACAGACCAUUCAAAUUCCCAGGCAAAAAAGUAAUUUUCAUAUCGGCCCGAGUGCACCCAGGGGAGACACCGUCAAGCUUCGUGUUCAACGGUUUCCUCAAUCUUUUGCUUACCAAAAACGAUCCGAUCGCGAUCCAACUGCGAAAGUUGUACGUGUUUAAGAUGAUUCCCUUUUUGAACCCGGACGGAGUGGCCAGGGGACAUUACAGAACCGAUACCAGGGGAGUGAACCUCAACAGGGUGUAUCUAAAUCCGUCGCUUACUUAUCACCCGACUGUAUUUGCUUCGAGAGCCUUGAUUAGAUAUUACCAUUACGGAUGUGAGAAGGAAGAUAACUGUGAUGACAGCAAGAGCUUUACUUCGCGCAGCAUCCAGAACAUCAGCGAAAGUGCUGAGCUAAUAGACACAAAAAAGAAGAAAGUGUCAAACACAACAUCAUACAAAAGCAACGAUGGGUAUAAACGUGAGAAGUCGGCGAAGUCUGUGACUGGCAACAAAUCAUCCACCAUGAUCAAGCAGGCUUCCUUCACAGAGUCGAAGAACUCUAAGGAAAUCAAGAGUAUGGGCGGCGAGGCAGCUAAUUUGGCCGAACAGGUAUACGACAUGAAACUGCAAGAGAUGCCGUCACAAACGAGCGAUACUUCCCUCCGACAGUCCAACUCGAACCUGGCGGAGAGUCGAUCGCUUCUCAACGACAAUAUGCUGCGCAGCUGUCUCGGGUCCAACGUGCAUCUUAGCACUAGCGAGGAACUUAAUAUGCAGGGUUCCAACCCGCUGCGGCCGCUGCGAGAUGCUCUCAAGAACAGUAUCAGCUUGCUUAUGGAGUCCAGUUCUUCUGUUACUGGUGACAGUUCGGUUGGCGGCAAGGAGAGUCGCACGGGCAACGUGAAGAUGGGCUGGUGUCGCGACUGCAAGGCGGCCGUCGCCAAGCUCGAGGACUCCAUGCCCGGCAUCACCUCCAUGGUGCCCGGGUACAGCGCUUCCAUGACCCAUCCCUCGUCCCCGACGUGUCGCAGCAUAGACGAGUACAGAGAGCAACAGAGACAACAAAUAGAUGAACAGGAACGUAAGUUGAAUGAUGUGGAAUGGCCGGAAAAAGAAGAAACAGUGUACUUCUGUACGAAUUGUUUCAAGAGAUACGUUAUAACAGAGUACAAUGAAGAACUUAAAGUAUGUUCGGCGGCGUCGCGCGCCAGCGUGUCCGUGUCCGCCGCGCCGUCCGACGCGUCGGCGCCCGCGCCCGCGCCCGCGCCCGCACACGGCGACUCCGACACGACGCCAACACCAUCAAGAGAAGACCAGCCGAAGUCGCCUCUCAACAGUAAACCGCAGAAGAACAAGAAGCAAGCGCCCGCCUCCGCAUCUACCAACGUCACAAACCGACCCCCCGCCAAAGAAGCAGAUUCCGGACUGUUUCUGUACAUCGAUCUGCAUGGACAUGCCUCUAAAAAAGGUAUAUUCAUGUACGGGAACCAUUUCGAGGAAUUGGAGAGCUGCGUGGAGUGCAUGCUAUUGCCGCGCAUCAUGUCGCUCAACAACCUGCACUUUCACUUCUCAUCUUGCAAUUUUACGGAGAAAAAUAUGUAUCUCAAGGACCGGCGCGACGGCAUGUCGCGCGAGGGCUCCGGGCGCGUGGCCGUGCUGAAGGCCACCGGGCUCGUGCGCUCCUACACGCUGGAGUGCAACUACAACACGGGCCGGCUCGUCAACGUGCUGCCGCCCCCCGUGCGCGAGGGGGGCGCCGCCCCCGCCGCGCCCGCCGCGCACGCCGCGCCGCUGCCCCCCAAGUACACGCCGCACAUAUUCGAAGAGGUAAACCCCUUCCAGGUAAGGCAUUUUCGUGCAAAGAAUCUGGAGAUUUUCGAAGAGAUAGACCCAAAGAAGGUGGGUCGUUCGCUGGGCGCGUCGAUCCUGGACCUGACGGGGCAGCACCCCAACUCGCGCAUCCCGUGCUCCGAGCACCGCAACCUCGCCGCCGUGCGCGACUGGCUGCGCGCGCACACGCGCACCAUGCGCCCGCAGCUGACGAUGUCUCGUCUGCGGCCGAAGACGUCGUCGCCGACCCGCGUGCCGCUGUACGCACGCUCCAAGGGCAAGGUGACCGAGGAACGCAAGGAAAACACCUACGCCGGCGCCAAAACGGACACCGAGCAGAAGCGACCGCCGCCGGUCCUCGCGCAGAGGUCCGGACACGACAUCAUGAACAUGAGCAUGAAGUUCGUGAAGAAGAGCGAGCCUGUCAAGACACCGUCACGUACCCGCUACCUCACCGAGAACGAGCCAAAACCCAAAACGCUGUCCACGAAGCGCAGGAACAUAUUGGCCAUUCGGAAGCCGAACUCGAGUAAGACGCAGGUGGGCGGCGUCGUGAAGGCCAAGGUGAGCAGGCGAUCCGCGGAUGAUUCUGAAAAUCCUAGACCAUCGCUAAUAUCCGCCAAGCUGAGCAAACGAAGUUUUUCAAGGUCUAUCAGAGGCGCUGUGACUAGAUCGAGCAAUCGCUGCAGGGCUAUGGCGUCGUCUUCUUCGGAAGACAUGAUGUGCGGUAACUGGGAAGACGUCGCUGGCGGGACAGUGCUAGGGUCCCAGAGCGGCGCGACGCACCCGGAGUCGUUGUCGAUGGCCGGCAAGCGGCGCUCCUUCCCGAACCCGUCGCCGUCGCACCUGAAGAAGAUCCGCUUAAAGACGGGCUUGUAGCGCAAGCCGCGAGCCCGCCCCGCGCCGGCCUCACACAACCACUCCACACCACUACACGCGGCAGGGAACGAGCAAAUAUAAUGUAAACAAUUACCUAUCUACUUUUUGACAAAUCUGAACAAGAUUUACUUGAAAAGAGGUAAUUCUCUAUUGGUAUUUCGUUUUUUUCUUUGUUGAAUUUAUUUACUACUAGUUGUCUUCAUUAUAAUUGGAACAGACAUUUUAUUAUGUGUAAAAUAUAUAUAAAAACUUAUUUUCCGUAAGGGAUUACUGUGAGAAUUCCCAUUUUUUGGCAUAAAGUAAUAUAUUCUGCAUAAAUUACUCAAUGCAAAGUUUAUGGUGCAGUGGUUGUGUGUGAACAAAUUAACUUUUUGACCGAAUAUAUUGCAUAACUUUAAAUGUUAGCAAAAUGAGUGUCACGGUGCGAGGUUUGGCUAGAGUAAUUCGGUUCGCAGCGGACUCAAUCUUACAUUUGGGCGCGAUCGCUUGCCAUGUAUAAACGUUUGGAAGGUUGUAGCACUAAACUUAUUUUUAAUUAUUUAAAUAUUUUGUAAUGGCAAGGAAAGAGCAUAAUCUUUAUAUAUUACAUUGCCAGUUUAUAUUUUGGAGUUAAUAAUUUUUGUUGGCUGUUUUAUUAGCUCAAUGUACGUUAUGUACUCUGUGAAACAUUUCAUCUUAGUCUGUGCAUAAUUUUGUGUUCCUUAUUUUAUUGUUGACAAAAAUAUUUGAAAAAUACGUGUAAAGCUUUAUAAAAACGUGUAAUAUGUGUAUGUUAAAUUGUAAAGUGUAUUCAGAGUAGUUUUAUAAGCUCGUGGAGCGUUUUGGUGUGCUAUUUGUGUUAUAUGUAUGUAUCAUUGAAUUUAUUGAUCUCAAAUGUCAGCAGGGAGCCAGUUGGUAGGCAUGCUCUCUUUUCUUAGAUCAUCACAAAUAUUUCUGUGUCCAUUGCUGUGUUUUUGUGAAUUAAGAUAUAACUAUAGGAAAAUAUUAGAAAAAAAUGGAAACAGAAAUAGAGUAACAGAAACAAAGUUUUUGUGUGAUAUACAAUUUGAUUUAUCAAGGGUUUAUAUUGAAAUAAUAUUAUUGUAGCAAUUUACAAAAUAAUAUCCACAGUAUAGUGAAUGCUGUAAACUUUGUGCAGCAUACAAGCAUAGUGCAAUAACUUUAUAGACUCAGAUUUUAUAUAAAGUUUUAAAAAUUAGAUACUUAUAAUGUACUUCAAAUUCUCUAAGUUGUGGUAAUAUAAGAAAUGUUUAUGGUAGAAACGCAUAGCAUAGUAACUACCAUUUAUUUAUCUGAAAUAAUAAUAUAUGAUGACAAGCAAUGUUCUCACAAA